AUGAACUGUACCGAAGAUGUGCGCUCGUGCGAGAGCAGCAAGUCCUCGAAUGAGGACACAUCAAGCAAGAUCUCUUCUGAGGCCAGUACGCCGAGCCGCCUAAGCUGGCUUCGCGUUUGGUACCACACGACGACCUCUGUACUCGGUGCGGUCGGCAUUGCUGCUCUGCCCUUUGCCUUUGGCUACUUGGGAUGGUUUGGUGGCUUCAUCAUGUGGACUUUCAGUACGAUUGUCUCCUACUACUCCGGCCGCCUCCUGAUUCAGAUUCAAGGUUCAGAAAACACAUAUUCCCAAAUUGCAGACAGGAUAAUGGGAGACGGCUUUGCAAAGUGGUGGAUUCGGCCCUUCCAGUUCAUCGUAGUUUACCAGGUCACGGUCCUUACUGCGUUGACUCUCGGGCAAACCUUCUUUGCCCUCGACGGUCUCUGCUCUCCUGCAGGCCACAUGAACUUGUCCUGGUGGACCGUCAUAGGAGGUGCCUUCACGUUCCUCAUCUCACUCUGCCCAAGCUUGUCGCACAUGUGGCAGUGCAGCUUUGUCGGAUUCCUCGCGGUGAUUGCAUUUGUUGUGCUGACCUGUGUUGCAUGUAUCCUGAGCAUCCAGUCCGAGGUGGACGCCGACUAUGGCCGUCCCCAAGGCGAGAGCUUCGUCUUUGGUGUCAUGGACAGCUUUGGUGUGCUGGCCUUCUCAUACGGAGGGCAUGCCGUCUUGCCAGACUUGCAGGCGUCCUUGCGAUCCCCCACAGUUGAGAGGGCCCAUGCCGCAAUGCACCGUGGACUCCUCGCGGCCUAUGGGGUCAUUGCCCCAUGUUAUGCUGUCACCGCGGCGGCAGCCUAUGCUGCCUUUGGCUCGAAAAUCUCUGGGUACCUGUUGAACAACUUCGCUGACAUUAUUCCAAGUGGACUUUUGGCUUCUCUGCACAUACUGCUUGCUGUGAACACUCUGGCUCUGGGUGCGAUCUAUAUACAAUCUGGCUUCUCUCUUGUGGGGGACAUGAUCCCAUCUCUCAGCAGCGAGGCCGACCGGUACAGCUGCAAAAACCUAUGGGCCGUUCGUUUGCCAUGGGUGGCUACGGCCACCUUCGUGGCCGUUGCCAUACCAUUCAUCGGGGAUUUGGCGGCGCUUUCGGGAGCGAUUGGAUUCACGGCCAUGACCUUCGUCUUUCCUUUUGUCCUCUGGGAACACUCACCCUUCGCCAGAUCUGCACCUUAUUGGAGGAGAGCUCUGCAUGGCCUCCUGGCCGGGACCUUCACUUUGCUCGGCCUCUCGAGUUUCGUCGGCUCCACGUCCUUCAUCGUGAAGGAGUCCUCCACCUACAAGUUCUUCUAA